UCUUUGAUUGUAUUCAAACAGACGAGGGAGGAUCAUUUUAGAGAGCCAAAUGUGAACCAAACAGUGGAAGGAGUGCUCUUCAUCAUAAAUAAGUUUUGACCGGAGGGAAGGAAACAUUUGAGUAACUUUGGCUCUUCUGCCGUACAUUAAUGUGGACAAGCAGCCGCCACAUCGCGCGCCAAUGGCCCUGACCCUGAGAAUUAUCAACCAUGUCACUUCACCUUCACCAGCUUCUUCCAUCCUUCUCAGAGCCCUACCCUCACAGCCUUCUCGUCUGCAACUACUCCAGGCAACCUCUUCCUCUGUGAAGACAGCACCGAAGCCGCGCGUAGACAGACAUCCACAAGAUAAAGGAGUGAAAAUGGAUCAUGCGGAGGAACGUUACAGUAAAGAAGGCGACUUUAGUGCGAAGACCAUGGGCUUCUCCGAGACCAUAAUGCCUCAUAUCCUCAACUUAUAUGCCUCCCGUGCCACUGCUCGCGAUUUUGAGAUUUAUGCCGACAAUGCUACUUUUGAGGACCCGCUUAUGUGUGCUAAUGGGACAAAGCAGAUCAAAUCAGCAUUUUAUUCACUUCCCAAGGUCUUUAAGGAAUCAAGAAUUGUCGAAUAUACGGUGAAAGAAAACGAAGUAUCACCGGGAAAGCAUGAGGUCUUGGUCGAUAACAAACAGUACUACAAGUUCAUGGGGAAGGAUAUUAAUAUGAUUUCACUCAUUAAGUUGUAUAUUGAGAAUGGCAAAGUCGUUCGUCAUGAGGACUGGUGGGAUAAGAAACCUCCUGGGAGCAGAGAGACCGAGAAGAUUCCGAUGUUGGGGAGAGUCAUGGAGGCUAUGCGAAGGGGAGCAAUGUUGGCAACACAUGCUAUGAUGGGCUUCGGGAAGGACCCCCAGCCCAAAAACUGAUCACAUGCCAAUAUAGAGGGAAAAAAAAUGAAUAAGUGAAGAUGCAUCAUACCGUUUGCCCCUGGGAAGGUUUCUAUAAUUCCACGGGCAAAUUUAAGGACAAUAUUUCGAGUAGUUUUGCGCUUAAGCAGCAAAGUGCGUCUUAGGAAGUAGAAUUGCCGUCUUAGUGAAGGUAUUAGUAAAAGAAGCACAUUGUAAUGGAGCGGCUUUAUGGUUAUUCUUCUGCUUUUCGAAUAUCAUUUUCCUAUUCAGACUUCAUCUCGAUAAAAUUCUGUGAUCCUUUUGUAAUUGAAUCUUCUCAUCCUGCACUUACUAA